CGCACAGUCAGCAGCGAGGAGCGCGCUUACCCGUAGCAUGCAAACAGCUGCACACCUCAAUACAGACUUCAUUUUUUUCUUGUCAAAAGCAACCGGUUGCUGCUCCUAUCCGAUCCCUGGCCGAUCAGCACUGCGGCUGUGAAGAGAUCACUAUCGGCCCGCGCACACGAGACGACAUUCCAGUACAUGACACAAGUACAACCGCCCGUGCAACAUGAGGUCUUGUACCAUCGGCAGCUACCAUCUCCUGCAACGAUUAGCGGGCGGAAGCAGCAACCACGCACCAUUCAACGCAACAGCAGCAGCAUCGUUAUCAGUGAUGCAUGGUUCUCGCAAACGACUGUCGUCGUCGGGGACGUCGUCGGGGACCUGGGACCUAUAUCGCAAGUACGCGGAUUCGCCGGAGGACCUCGUGGAGCUAAUGCGGAGGAUCGUGAGCAGAGGAGGGAGGGGGAGGAAGCAGGACAACGUGCCGAAGGAGGUGGUAAAGGCGUUCUGCGGGCGAUACUCGCAGCUGGAUCAAGCCGGCAAAGAAGACCUCUUGCUGAGCAUUGCCAGGGACUUCACGCCAAGUCGCGCAAGCGUGGAGGCGGCCGUGGACCGGUACGCUGCUUCGGUUUCGCCACCUGCGGGACCCCCCGCGGAGCCUCCGGCAUUGGCCGCCGGUGCCGGGGCAGCCGACGGAGUAGAUGAAGAGGGCGUUAACGGGCGGCCACAGCAACCAGGGGUUGGCGGCGACUCGACGGAGUCGUCCGGGCGGCGGGAGCGGGGGCGCCACGUGAGAGCGUACGAGCGGCUGCGAGAGGAGCUGUCUCCGGCGUACGAGGCGUUGCUCAAGAACGUGGUGGCGGAGUCCGACGACGGUGUACGGUUCGUCGUCGACCUGAGACAGGAUCUACUGGAAGUCAUGCGGAGGGGGCGGCGGCGGCCGGGGGCGGGCGAGGGAAAAGCGGCGGGGCCGGACCCACUACUUUCGGCACUGGACGGGUCCAUCCGAUCCCUGCUGCAGGCAUGGUUCAGCGUCGGGUUCUUGGAGCUACGGAGGAUAACUUUCGAAGGCUCGGGCGGGGCGCUCCUGGAGAAGAUAGCCCGCUACGAGGCCGUUCACCCGGUGGGGUCCCUGUCGGAGCUCAAGGCUCGCCUAGGGGAAGGGCGACGCUGCUUCGCGUUCUUCCACCCCUGCCUGCCCGACGAGCCGCUGGUAUUCGUGCACGUGGCCCUUCUUCCCGAGGUGGCCGGGAGCAUGGUCGACAUCGUAAACCGCGGUGGCUGCGGCGAGGAAGAGGAGGGGAGCGGGUGCGAGGAGGACGAGGCCCGAAGCGCGGUGUUUUACUCGAUCUCGGCAACGCAGAAGGGCCUUCAGGGAGUGCAGCUGGGGAACUUUCUCAUCAAGAGGGUGGUGGCACAGUUGAGGGCCGAGCUGCCGCAGCUGGAAACCUUCGCGACCCUGAGUCCCAUUCCGUCGUUCCGGAGUUGGCUGGGCAAGAAGGCAAAGCACCGAGCUGCCCUGGGGGUCGACCACAGCGAGCUCUCCGGAGAGAUUCUCCUCACCGCAGAAGAAGCAGUGGCGAUACUGGCCGAAGUCACAGCUAACGACAACGACGACCGCCCCCAAGACCAUGUCAGCAACGACGAAGGGUGUGCUGCGGUAGCCCUCACUACCCUGGGAGCCGACGCGCGGCGAGAGGCCGAAGCCCUGGCGGUGCUCCUUUCGGACGAAGGUGAACCCGGAGCGGCGGCCGAAUCGGCGUUGACGAGGCUCGCGGCGAGGUACCUCGUGAGGGAGACCGUCCGCGGGAAGAUUCCCGACCCCGUGGGGAACUUUCACGUUUCCAACGGAGCGCGGGUAGAGCGGCUGAAUUGGAGGGGAGACCUCUCCUCGCGAGGCGUCAAGAACAGCUUCGGCGUCAUGGUUAACUAUGUAUACGAUCUUUCGGAGAUCGAGUCGAACAACCGGCAGUACCUCUCGAAGGGCGAGGUCCCCGCAUCCAAGGACGCGCACGGGCUCGCAUGGUCUUUGCGUCGAGCGGGAGACGGGAAGGGCAAGGCGGGGCAGCAACCACCAUCGACAACACCUCCUUCCCCAAGGGCAGCUUUGUAGUAGGGCGAAGCUUCUCGUGUCGGCGGGGGUAGGCGGCAUGUGGUGCCCCGUUGGGAUAGCGAGAACUGUAGGCGGGGAUGGGCGGCAUCAGGUGACGCCAUGGGAGAACGAGAAUUGGUAACGUGCUUUCUGAAUGCCUCGGACGCCAGACGGUUGCACGCUUUCGCACUCUGCCGCAAAUGGCGUUGAAACCAAUGGGUACGCCACCCGGCAUGGACAGAUGCGCCAUUGAUAUCAACGGAUAGCAGCUGGGUCGUCAAGAUGGGCGAACGAGCGUGUGGACGGCGAAAUUGGAAAGAUAAUGUGGUGGAACGUUGCUCGAUCGCGGCUGUAGCUACAACGAGUGGAUUUACAGUUCGGGCAGGGCUUUUACUACGCCCAACGUAACCUUUGGGAUCAAGAAGUUUGAGGGUCAUUCCAGUUUUUCACGGCAGUUUCGUUUGCACUCUCACUGAAAUGCCCGAAGUUGCGUUGCACCUCAGGCUAAUCUGAAGCUCCACUCCUGUAGUUUUUUUGGUGGUUCAUCCAAAAACGAAGACCUGUCGUGUUCGAGUGUCUCAGAAUAGGGGAUGCCUCUGGUGCGAACGCUUGUGGCGAAAAACGUGAAAUGAAU